AGCAGUAACGGAUAAUAUCGCGUGUUUCGCAGGCUUUAACCAGACACUUUGAGCUUCCUGUGACACACGACACAUACUGUAUGUUAAAGGCGAUUCAGGAAAUACUCGUUGUCAAUCCAAACAUGUUACAGAUAAGGAUGUUGUGUGUGGUUUUUGGUCGACACGAUGUCUGUGUUGUUUCCUAUAACUAAUUUAACCUUUUAAUAGGGUUGGGGUUUAUGAGCAAACACCGGAACAUGUUUUACCUUUGAAUGCAAGUCCUGGUAAAUUUAGCAUCUAAGAACUCUGCUUCAUUCUUGGUUUAAAGAAAAAAAUAUUUUAAAAAAAGUAUUCCACCACUUUUUCUUUUAUUUUUUUUUCACGAGUCAAUUGCUUUUACUCUUUCAUCCAGUGCUCUGGCAGACUGAGUGCUUGAACUCUUUCCACUAGACUGACUCAAAUCCAGAGUUGUUAGUAAACAGUGGCAGGACCUCUGGAUGGACAGGGAGGUUCUCCAAGAAAAAAAAAAGUAGCAACAAGCUGCGGAAACCAAACUCAAUUCAUAAAUAUAACUUCAUUUACCUUCUGUAGGAGGAACAUAUUCAACUAAAACAUGUUUUCAGAGGCGGUAUAUUGUGCUAAGAUGAUGGAGUAAGACGUCGGUGUCCAAAAAGAAAGCUCCAGGCAAAGAAACUAGAAAGUCCUAUCGACGGAACAAAAUCCAAGUCACGUCAUGGAUGGAAUAGAGACCUUGCAGAGCUCGACCGCAGAAACCAAGGCUGAGCGGAUUGCCCGCUACAAGGCGGAAAGGAGGAGAGAGCUCGCCGAACGUUAUGGCAACAUGGAAGAAUACACCUCCAAGUACGUUCGCAGGGACAGAAAAGCCGACGACGCGUCAGAAACGGUCCCUUCCACUACCAAAGAUAACGGAACAGAGCCGACGUACAGCAGGAGAGGUGUAAGGAACAACGCGGAGCAAAAUGAGGAUGAGACUAAACCAGAGAAAGAGGCCACGACUCACGUCGGAGCAGAGUCAUCAUCAUCGAUACUGGAGAAUGUCUCCGCGGUGAAGACGUCCUAUCAAUGCAGUGUCCACAUAGCCAGACGUGUCUGCUCUUGACUAAAGAGCCCGAGGGGAAAGACAAGACAGUGCAGAGAAAUUGAGGCUUGUGAAGGUUGGAUUGUCUUCAUCUGCCAAAUAUUCUUUUUUUUUUUUUUUUACCCUCUACUUUAUGAAGCAACAUCAGCUGAAAGGUGUAAUUAAGUGUUGGAUCAGUUGAUUUAUAUGUUUACAUAAGAUAUUUUUAUAGUUGAAGCAGGAAAUAAAGAUGGAGUAGGACAAAGGUUCACAACCCCUGGUCCGGGGACCAGUGGUGGUCCGUAGGUCAUUUAGUACCGGGCUGCAGUCGGACACAGUGGAAAAUUUUUUGAAUUUACUUCAUUCAAAAAGAAUCCAGUCAUAUCCCUUGACUGACAGAAUAAAGUCUGAAAGAUGUUUUAUUUUGAAAAUAUUGAGACUAUUGGUUUGAGUCUGACUGAUUUAUUUUGAUAAUCUGCCAAGUCAAUUCCAUUAAACAGAAUUUCCUCAGCAUCGUGUAUCUGUUAAUAAUACAUUUUAUGAGGACAACACCUCAGUUGUAAUUUUUAGUUUUAUGUUUAAUUGGUCAUUUAGCAAAAUUAUUGUUAUGAUUAAAUUAACUUCAGACUUCCGUGCGGUUACAGUAGUGGGUUCUGACUUUUCCCCUUUUUUUUUUUUUUUUUUUAACAUGGAGAAAGUUGAAAAUCAAAGGUAACCCUUUUAAGCAAAUGUCCGCAAACUUUUUUUUUAAACUGAUUAUUAGGUUGUGGGGAAUAAACACAAUAAGAGAAAAUGAUGACACUGACUGUAUUUUAUUUACUUUUUUUAGAGCCACAUUGUGAGCCUUAGUUGAUCUUCUUGAAAGGAGCCAAAAAAACAAAACAAAAUGUGCCAAAAAUAUUGCGACUCCUGAUUAUCUACUUGUCACAGAAGGAAACAGCUGUAAGACAAAAGUACUUCAACAACAAGUGGCAGUAGAUUAUCACAUCCUCAUGUCAUCAUCAGUUACUGACAGUUUGUUUUUUUUUUACUUGGUUACAUCUUACUUCACUGUUAUUUGAGGUCUUUUUUUUUACUAUUUUAUAGUGUUUCAUAUUUGCAGUCAUGUAGUAUUUGUUUUGUUGAAGUAAUGGAUAAUGUCAUUAGAAUUAUUUGAAACAGAGAGUGAAUUGUGAUUAUUUAGUAAAUGAAUACAGAAUUUAACAAAAAAUAUAUAGUAUAUAAGGAUUCCUGUGAUAUAAAAUAAAAUGAGGUUUUAAUUAUGAGUUCUUACCUACGACACAGACGAUACAGUAGCGUCUAAUGGUGGCAUCUGUGGAGGAGGACGGGGAGGAAGGGAGGGAAGAGAGUUGGCCCGUACGUAGACACUUGAUUCUGUAGCGUACCUGACACGUACACUAUAUAACUUACAUAAACUUAGAAUUAACUUCCUUUUUUUUUUUUACUUCCUUUUUUUGUGCUAUUUUCCAUUUGUAUUCUUUCUUUAGGGGCACCGUGCUCAUAUUUAUCGAC